UCCCCCCGCCCCCGCCGCAGCUCCCCAGGGUGGCGCUCGGAGCCACCCGCCCCCUCCGCCGACUGUGACGCUUUUAACUACUUUUAACUCCAAAUCUGUGCGUUUCUCAUCCGGGCUGAGCUAGGGUCCCCGGGCCCUCGGACUCCGAGCUGGGUGCCCUCGUUCUGCUUUGGGCCAUGUCGUGUUUUCUCCUGUCGUCCCCAAACAGGAAGUUCUUCUCCCCAAAGACGACGUGGGCCCGGCCGGGGUGUUGAGGCUCAGGGCUGGCGGAGGGCAGCAGGCCUCGGCUGAGCGGGGUCCCUCCCCGCCCCCCCGCACCCGGUCUCGCCGGCACGUGGGGGGCGCUGCUGGAGCGAGCGGGGGGCUAGGCUUCCCGCGCCCCUCCUCCCACCCCUUUCCAACUCGGGGUCAGGGGAGGCUCCCGAGACUGAUCUGACCCCGGCCUUACUGACUCUUGGCGGCCGGUUAUUCUUUUGCCUGGAAAAACUGUAGGUUUUCAUCAUAACGGUGAUUUCUGGACUUUUGAACUGAACGGAAGAGUUCUCUUUUUCAGCCGGGUGGGGGGGGGUUGAUUUGCAAUGUUAAUCGUACUGUACAUAACUAAUGGGUUUUUACUAAAGGAUGCCAACGCGAUGACUAACAUUUAACUCAGUUUUAAAUCACCUUCGUCUCUGUGAUGUGGUUUGACUCCACCCAGCAUUGGGAGGUAGGAACCAGUCAUAGGGCGAUUUUACUAGCGUUAACUGGCCCUCGGGUUAUCCUUCCCCAGGUUAGAAAGAACGUGGGAUCUGGUUCUCUGAUGAAAAAUGAAGUACCACCACUGUUCCUAAUCUCAGGUGACCGUGACUCUUUGCACACCUUCUACACGGUCUGAGAACAACGCUUGGAGGGAAGGUCGUAUGUGUAUCCACGUUACAAAGAUGACAAGAAUGAGGCAUGACCUGCUCAUGGGUAAUUUUGUUCCACGUUACCCUGGGCUUUUGAGGCAGAACCAGCGCCUCCAUAGCUGUGAUUCUUAAAUGUCACACCACAGUAGAGGUUGAAUCCUCAAUUUGAUGUGGAACAGAGAUAUUCGUUGUUCACGCGUAGAAAGGGAGUAACAGAGCAUGAGUUGCACUGUUCUGGACCCCAGGGAGGUAGCAGGGAGCCAAGUCCUUGCCCUCUGGCAUUUUGUGUUCUCUUGGGGAGAUGACAAUAAACUAACAAGAGGACCCAGCGCCCCAGGUAGCGGCGGGAGCUGUGGAGACCGGUGAGGUGGGGAGGCCGGGGGCAGGCUCCUCUCAGGCUGGCGGUGGAGCCGAGAGCUGAAGGAAACAGGGCUGGUGCCGGCUGAAAGCUUCCCAGACGAGCUGAGUGGACCCCGCAAGUGGAGUGGAAGCAGGGACUGCACCCUCGGGGAAACUGACCCCUGUCUGUGGGUCCCAUUCCCUGCGCUACCUCUUCAUGGGCGCCUCGGUGCCGGACCUUGGGCUGCCCCUGUUUGAGGCCUUGGGCUACGUGGACGACCAGCUAUUCGUGUCCUACAGUCACGAGAGUCGCCGUGCAGAGCCCCGCGCCCAGUGGGUCCGGGGCGGGACCGCCAGCCCGCUGUGGCUGCAGCUGAGUCAGAGCCUGAAAGGGUGGGAUCACAUGUUCAUCGUUGACUUCUGGACCAUCAUGGACAAUCACAACCAUAGCAAGGUAACGAAGCUCGGGGUGUUGUCAGAGUCCCACACCCUGCAAGUGAUCCUGGGUUGCGAGGUGCAAGAGGACAACAGCACCAGGGGAUUCUGGAAGUACGGGUACGAUGGGCAGAACCAUCUGGAAUUCUGCCCUGAGACGCUGGACUGGAGAGCAGCAGAGCCCAAGGCCCAGGCCACCAAGCUGGAGUGGGAAGUGAACAAGAUUCGAGCCAAACAGAACAGGGCCUACCUCGAGAGGGACUGCCCGGAGCAGCUGCAGCGCUUGCUGGAGCUGGGGAGAGGGGCCCUGGACCGGCAAGUGCCUCCUUUGGUGAAGGUGACCCAUCACGUGGCCUCGGCGGUGAGCACCCUACAGUGUCAGGCUCUGAACUUCUACCCGCGGAACAUCACCAUGAAGUGGCUGAAGGACAGGCAGCCCCUGGAUGCCAAGGACGUUGAGCUGAAAGACGUGCUGCCCAAUGGGGAUGGGACCUACCAGGGCUGGGUGGCGCUGGCCGUGCCCCCUGGGGAAGAGUGGAGAUACACCUGCCAGGUGGAGCACCCAGGCCUGGAUCAGCCCCUCACUGCCUCCUGGGAACCCCCGGUGCCUGGCAUCCUGCUCACUGGAGUCAUCGGUGGGAUCGCUGUCUGCGUCAUCCUCGUUUUUAUUGGAAUUCUGUUCAGAAUCUUAAGGAAAAGGCAGGCUUCGCGAGGAGCCUUGGGGGACUACGUCUUGGCUGAAUGUACGUGACAGCCUGCAGACCCCUCGUGGGGAGGAGACGUGGAGACUCAAAGAGAGGGGGUACCCCUGUGGCCUUCUUCAUGUUCCAGGGCAGAAUUGGACUGAACGAACAGGAACUGCCCCAGGAACUCUCUGCUUGUGGCCUGCCAUGUUCAUUUUUGAGAAGUUUCUCCCAUUUUGGUUUUUGAGUUCCUGCAUGCCUAUGAGCCCCAGCGCCGGCCUCUGGGCAGAACCAGCUGCCUUGAAUCUCAAGCUGCCUCUAGGGCCUGCCUUCAUUUCUGCAUCACUUCCCACUCCGUAUGCCCAUGUCAUCUCAUCUCCUACCUCUGGAAUAACGCUCCUGAAAUUUGGGAGACUCACGGUUCCUUUCAACAUCUGAGAAAAACGAUGAACUUUCUCCCCGGGACAUAACACUCUCAUGCCCUUACCAGAAUUUUGCACACACAUCCAGGCAUUUCCUAGGCCCAUCCAAUUGCCUUUUGAUCCUCUCUCUCUCUGUUACCCAGUAGUUCAACUGUCACCAAGCCCUGUGGUCUCUUCCACCAGAGGGUGAAGUGGGUCAUUGUACAGCGGUGAAGGCCGUGCACUGUACAACCCAUGGAGGUACCCUCGGAAGAGCCAUUGUGGAUGCCUGUGUUUAUUCAUGAUAGUUUUCCAGAAAGUGGGCAGGAAACGUCUUGAGGAGGGGUAUGUUUUUCUAACUGACAGCAAGGUGUCAAACAGGUUUCCCCAGAGUCACGAUUUACACGAAUGCGUUCACAGUGCCUCUCUGGCAUGCCAGGCUUGAAGUAACGCAGUCAUUUCCUACUUGGAUUCUGCUAAUGAAAUGAUAAGGAAAGUGAUCCUAAGGAUGAUGAUGGUGAUGAUAAGGUGGCUGACACUUAUAAAAAAAAGCACUUGCUGCCAGACUGAGUUCUGAGCACCUGCUUACCUUAUGAUUCUUACCAUAAUUCUCUGAUAUAAGAACUAUUAUCCUCAUGGGUUGUUUAGGUGAACAAAAUGAAGUAGGGAGUAUCUCACAGCCUUCCAGGGCUAGAGAGGUUUCAGCUCAGUCAGUCUGACUCUGGUCCAUCUCACAUGCCAUGGCAUUAGAUGCUUUAGAUGUGCCAGGAAAUGGGGGGGUGGCACGGCUCUUCUGUGGCCCCAGUGUCUUCAUUCUCAGCGAGCUUGACCAAAGCGAAGGGAAAACAGCAGAAAAUAACCUCAGCCAUUUCCUUUCGAAGUCUCUGCGGAAAGAAAUCCAGCGUGUGGCCGGCUUACUCUGCUGCCACCCCAGUCGGCUCUGUCUGGCGCGUCUCUCGGGCCCUGGGUCCGGACGGGCAUCGGCGGUGUCCCUCAGUGGAUGUGUUGGACCCCACAGUGUUUUUGUUCUGCCCGCGCCUCCAGAGUCAGAAGCCGGGUGGCAUUUCCCUCCAGGAACCGGAGCGACUGUCUGUCGUAUUAAAGAUGGUAAAACAGAUGCCACCGAGUGGCCUGGGGGUACCCUGGCGUGUUCCCGGGGCUCCUGGGAGUCUGGUUCUCUUCCCCAACUGUGCACAUUAAGAAAAGAAACUCAUCAGGAAUUACUCCAUUCUGGGCAAGUAAUUCAUCGGACCAUGUUCAAAAGAAUACUAACACAGACACCCGGAUGGCCGGUGUUUCCUUUCUGUUGCUAUGUAUGUUUGGCCACUUUACUGGCAACAAGGCAUUCUGUCUCCCAUGGCAGGUGCCUCAGAAGACCAAAUAAAGCUCUAUGGUUUGUUUGGUAGUUAUUGAAUUUGGGCAAAGAGAUCUCGACAAUUUUUUUUUUAACUUUUUUUUCUGGUUACGAAAGUUAGGUGGAUAAAAGUACAUGUAAUUUGUGCUUAUUGUCAAAAAGCUGAAAAUGAGUUUGAAUUGAAUAAAUUGAAACUAUCAUUCCAUUAGCUAGUGAUAAACCCUAUGAAUGAUCUGUGUAUUUCCUCUCAGUAUUGCUAUAUUAAAAUAUAUAAAAUCAACAAAUACACUUAAAUAAGCAUACAAUUAAUUGUGUUGUAUACUGUAUGAUUUUUUUUUAGGGGCCAAGGGGUAGAGGGAGAGAGAGAGAACCUUAAGCAGGCUCCACGCCCAGUGCAGAGCCCAGCGUGGGCCUCAAUCUCAGUCACAACUUCAGCCAAAAUUCAGAGUCAGAUGCUUAACUGACUGAGCCACCCAGGCACCACGGUAUGAUUUUUCUUAGGUACUUAUCAAUGUUAUGGAUUAAUCAACUUAAUCAUUGGGUCAUUUGUGGGACAUUGAUAUGCUUCUGAUUUUUUUACAUUUUGUUUUAUGGAAUAUCUUCAUUAAACUCUGGUAGCUGAA